AUGGCAGCAUCAAAAGAACUUCCUGAGCGGAUUCUGAAUACGGAAUCACCUCAGUACGGUCGUUGGAGGGCAACAACUGGGCCGUGUGCCGAUCAAUUAGAUGUGGGCGUUCUCGUGGUUAAAGCUGGAUUUGGUGGAACUUAUCUCCUCUAUGAGAUGCGGAAGCAGGGCUACAAGACUGUGCUCUACGAUGCUGGCUUGGGUUUUGGCGGAACCUGGUGA